AUGAAGCACAUUGGCGACAGUGGCUCCGCAAACCUUGGGGCCAGCAUCUCGAUGCUGAUUUUAUCCACGGUAGCUGUAGGACUUCGGCUCCUCUUUCGACUGCAAGCUAAGCAAAGACCUAUAUUAUCUGAUGUCUUUGUCAUGUUCUCUUUGGUUUUUGCAUUCGUCUGGUAUGGCUUUAAUAUCAACUACAUUACCCAAGGGCCAGGACCUGGCACUUAUGAUUUAACGGAAAUCAUGGCAAGUUUACAGAUCGGGGGCCUUACGUGGGGGAAUGCUUUGAUGAAGAUGUCUUAUUUUGGGGAAAUAUUCUUUACUGCGGCCAUCUCCUCGGCAAAACUCUCAAUUCUAUCCCUUUACCAACGCAUUUUUGGUAUCUCCGUCCCAUUCAGACGCUUCAAUUACUUUAUGGAUGGGGUUGUGGUGGUUUUGUGGAUUAUUUUCACAUUCCUCUUCAUUUUCCCCUGCCAUCCCGUAUCUAGGUAUUGGAACCUAGCAGAGCAAGAACUGUCUCCUGGUAGUUGUGUGGAGGAAGCACAUCUCGUCUUUGCUUUCGAAUUUACGAAUCUGAUCGUGGAUGUUGUGAUGCUGGGAAUGCCACCCUUCAUGAUCAGUCAACUCAAUCUACCCAGGGACAAGAAAUGGUCUACUUGUGGCAUCCUUCUUCUCGGUGGAAUGGUUUGCAUCGUCAGCAUCGUCAGAUUAUCCUACAUCUGGAACCCAUCAUCAGCAGAAAAUCUGAAGGACUUGUCAGCAACAAUGAUCACAUCAGAUAUUCAGCUUGGUAUUGCUCUUCUUUGUGCCUGCCUUCCAACAUACACGCCUUUACUUCGUCUCUUCAAUCGAACAUUGACGAGCUUGAAGCAGAGUUCUGCCAGGAAGACCUAUGAGUACCCGUUGAAACCAAGCAAGCAAAGCACAGAAGGCAAAUACUCGAAUGAUCACAGCUCCACUGGCAGCAAUACUAUCUGCGCAUCGGGUCAUUCUUCUGUGGAUUACACAACCAAUGCGGACACAAGGGAGGAAUCUCGCGGAAUGAACUCUAUGUCUUCUUACACGGCGGCUAAUGACCCCUCAGAAAGAGUUUAA